GUAUCUACCACCCUUCGUGGUUAUACAACUAUCCCUGUGAAGAAAGUUAGAGUUUCGAUUCGGGACGACGAGAACGAUCAAUACCGCUUUACGGUCUAUUUUCGACAUGACCAGCUCCUGGGUGUCAACGGCGCCGCUGGUACUCUGGCGCCCUUUGUCCCGUGGACGGGGGACUUCAUCGUCAUCCAGGAAGGUUAUCGAUACAAUUAUAUUGGAUUGGCCAGCUGGUACGCUUACAAUAUGGCGCAUAGGGCAGCUCGUGUGUGCCUUUCUCGAUCAUGCCCACGAAUGCAUUCAAGCCGCUGGAGGGGAAGAUGCUUUUUCGGUUAUCUUCCCAACCCAGAUUGA